UAAGAUAUCAUCAUUGUUCCUUGAAAACCUAUGAAGUAUUAUUCUUAAAUCGCCCGUAAUCUAUAUAAUUGAGAGAAGCUUAUUUGAUCUCUAAUGCAAUCAAUUCCCCUACGUUUUCAUAAAAUAAUUAGUUAAAUAUUUUUUAUUUAUGCGUUGACGGUGUUAAUUUGACAAUAAAUUGUUUUUAACAGUUUUCUAACAGUAUUCAUAUAUUUAGUUAAACAACUUUCUUAAGCAAAUAUACAUUACAACUUAAUUGUUUGUUGUAACUUUUAUAUUUUUUAAAAUUACCAUAUUAUUUUUAAUUUUUAUAAGAUAACAUUAUGGUAAAAUUAUUUGCUAUGAGUGUUCUCUAUAAAGGACCAAAUGAUGCUACUCUCCUCAAAGCAGCUUAUGAUCUACAAUCAUUUGGUUUUUUCCAACGUAAAAGUGCUCAAGAAUUUAUGGGUUUUGUCACUAAAACAAUUGUAGAACGUACGGCCAGUGCUGCUAGACAAUCUGUCAAAGAAAGAGAAUACAUGUGUCACGUUUAUGUAAGAGCAGACAAUUUAGCUGGAGUUUUAAUAGCUGAUGAUGAGUAUCCUAAUCGUGUUGCACAUACUCUUCUUACCAAGGCUUUAGAUGAAUUUUCUUCUAAGGUUCCAUCACAUAGUUGGUCAAAGCUAAAUGAAACACAAGUAACAUUCAAUGAAUUAAAUGUUAUGCUCUCAAAGUAUCAAAAUCCUAAAGAAGCGGAUGCUAUGACUAAAAUUCAACAAGAUUUGGAUGAAACAAAAAUUAUAUUGCACAACACCAUUGAAGCUGUAUUAGAACGUGGUGAAAAACUUGAUGAUUUAGUUGCCAAGUCUGAAGGUCUUAGUAUUCAAUCAAAAGCAUUUUAUAAAACAGCAAAAAAAACUAAUUCAUGUUGUCGAAUGUAAAGUCCAUUGAUAUAGAUGUUAAUGAAUUAAAAUAUUUUUUGAUAUUAAAAAUUUGUUUUAUUACGCAGCCAAUAAAACAUUCAACCCAA